GGGGGGUGAAAAAAAAACGAUGCUGUAAGUUGUCCGUCUUGCUCUCCGCUCAAAGAUACAGCGGCAGCCCCAACUCCCGUUUGCGUGUGAAUUUGCCAGCGUAUUUGUGAGCUGUGUGUCACACAAAUUUUAAACAUCUGCCGCUUUGCUACUUGGAAAACGAAUCUUUCAACUCAAAUAAAUGAGGGCCUUUGGAAAAAAAGGAUGCGUUUUGAAUUCCCGAACUCUCCCAGUCACGGCAAGGGUUCUUGCCACCUCCAAUCUUUUUUUUCCUCUGCGUGUGCUGCGCUCGCCCAGGGUUUGGUGUCUCCCAUUAAGCGUCUGGUGUGGUCCAAAGCCAGUCGCAGGCCGGCGGAGCGAGGCAGCGUUUACCGGCGUCCCCUGCACACCGUCCCGCUCUACCCUCCCGACUUCCUCAUCCACCCCGAAAGACUCAUCUUCGACUACGUGGAGAAGGAGGUCAAGUUUCUUGGUCACCUGACCUGGGUCUCGGUUUCUCUGAACCCUUCCAGUCGAGAUGAACUGCUGCAACUGCUGGACACAGCCAGGCAGCUGAGGGUUCUCCCGUCCAAGACCAGCGCGGAGCAGGACUGCAUCUUGAGUCUGUCCGCUCGCUGCCUGCUGCUGACGUGGAGAGAUAACGAGAAGCUGCUGAUGAGGAUCCCCACGCACGAGGUCGCCGCCGCGUCCUACCUGAGAGACGACGCGCUGCACCUGCUGGUCCUCAAGACAGGUCUAAACGUGGACACCGUCGUCGACAACAGCCUGGACCGAAAGAAGCCGACGGGCAUCGACGGCCGACGUCAAACGGUGAGCUGCGACGCCGACCCGCGACCUUCCGGCGGGACCAUGGAGCGACGCCACACCAUCUGCGGAGUGGACUGGAGGCCGUCGCUGUCCAGGAGCAGCCACGACAAGAACCAGGAAGUGGAGCGAGGAGGAGGAGGAGGAGGAGGAGGAGGAAACGGCGGCGGAGGGAGUUUGGAAAGGAAGCGAGCAGGGGGCAGCUGGGAGAGAAGACAAGCCGCGCGCAAGACGGGCGGCAGCUGGGAGAGCCGCCGGCCCAGGCCGGCCGGCGGCUUGCCGCCCGCCGGCGGAGGAAGCUGGGAGAGGCGAGGAGCGGAAGCGGGAACAGGCGGCGGCGGCGGCGGCGCGGGAAGCUGGGAGCGGCGCCAGGCCUGCACGGGGAGCUGGGAGAGGGGCAAGAGCUACGGCGGGGGAGGCGGAGCGGGAAGCUGGGAGCGGCGAGGAGCGGGAGCGGGAACAGGCGGCGGCGGCGGCGGCGCGGGAAGCUGGGAGCGGCGCCAGGCCUGCACGGGGAGCUGGGAGAGGGGCAAGAGCUACGGAAGCUGGGAGAGGAGGAACCACAACCCGCUGGAGCCCACCCCGUGCCCCGACGCCUACUGCAACCUCGUCAUCCUGGCCGUCGACAACCGGGACGCCGCGGAGGAGUACUGUUCGCUCAUCUGCCAGAUGUUCCAGAUCAUUUAUGGCCAUCAGACCAUCGAGUGCGUGGACAGAGCAGGAUUUCACCACACCGUGCCGGACCGCUACUGGCUGCAGAGAAGUGACAGCUGCCUGACGGACGCGUCGUACGGUUACGAGCCGGAGUUCAGCCGCUGCAGCUCACGCGACGGAUCCCAGGAUGCCUUCGAGCUCUACUACAGCGAGACGUACAGCGAGAGCUCGUCGCUUUCGCCGCAGGGCUCCCGUCGCGGCGUGGCUUCGGCCGACGACGCCUUCGACAGCGACGCCCCCCUGGCGCUCAUGCAGGACUACAUGACGACGCUGAGGAACAAGCUGAGCGCCGUGGAGUUGCAACACUUUGCGGCCUUUUUGCGAGAAUACAGGCUGGGCUCGGACGUCGGACACUUUUGCUCCGAGCUGCUCCGGCUGUACGGAGACGACCGCAAGUUUCUGCUUUUGGGUAUGCGGCCGUUCAUCCCGGACAAGGACGCGGGCGUGUUUGAGAGCUUCCUGGAAAGCAUCGGAAUCCGCGAGGGUGGAAUUUUGACCGACAGCUUCGGACGCAUCAAGCGCAGCAUGAGCAACACCUCGGCCAGCGCCGUGAGAGGAUACGACAGUUGCUCUCUGACGUCGGGGUCUCAGGAGUUCAACCGCCGCAUCAGCGACAUCACACACGACAUCCAAGCCCUGGGCUUCGGGGACGCGCAUGCUGAUAUCGAGGAGGAGGACUACUACCUGUGAUUCAAGUGGACUCCUCAACCGUCCAAAUCGUCAUCAAGUCGCUUCGUUUGCAUUGGACCCGCAGCCCCCGCGCAUCGCUGCGUGUCAGCGUGCGCAAGAAAGCUCCCAUUCCCAAAACUUUAUUGAAGAGCGACAAUUUCAAGCAUCCUUUUCUCUUAGCGUCAUAGAAGGCGAAAUUGUCAAAAGGUGCGUAUGUGGGUGGAAAUCAUUUCCAAGCGAUUGGCCGGUGACCAUUCCAGGACGUACGCCGCCCAACUCCCGCCAGACGUCGGCCGAGCGAGGCUCCGGUUCAGCGCGCCGGCCCUACGUGGGACUUUGCCCGACCAGUCUACAUGCGCUUGGGGGACUCGGAGAAGACGUUCGAGCGGGUGCGGUCGAGGCUUUGAGGGCGUCCGUUUGGCGUCUCUUUUUGCAGAUCAUGUGGUGCUGUUGGCUUCUUCAAGACGGGAUCUUCCAAAAAAAAAAAAAAAAUCAGCGCCUCCAAAUGUGGGUCCGUGGUCCUCAGUCGUAAACGUGUGCAAUGGCCUCUCCGGGUCGGGGAGGAGAUUCUGCUCCAAGUGGAGGAGUUCGAGUUUCUCGGGGUCCGAGAUCGACAGGCGGAUCGAUGCGGCGUGUGCCGCGAUGGGGACUUUGCAUCGGUCUGUCGUGGUGAGCAAGGAGCUGAGCCCAAAGGCCAAGAUCUCUCUCUAUUUACCGCUCGAUCUUCGUUCCUACCUUCAACUACGGUCGCAAGCCGCGGGUCGUGACCGAAAGAACGACAUCCCAGAUGCAGGCGGCCGAAAUGAGGGUGUUGGGGCACUUCCUUUAGCGAUAGGAUGUGAAGCUCGUUGGAGACUACGUCGAUUCUUUUCUUCUCGACGCCGUGAGUCGAGAAUGCUUUGAUGUGACUUCCAAAGUUCCAGUACCGUCGAGUCACCAGGUAGAGGCAGUAGCGUACUAAAUGCCGCUUCAUCUCGUGUCUGCCGCUGAGGCCUUUUUAUGGCAGCACAAAAGGAGGAAAGAAAUGGUCUGAAAAUGAGGACGAAUGCAAUGCUUAU